AUAAACAGCGUUAUCGCAAAAACUCAUGCUAGCAUAGUACAUCAUACCGUACGUUAGAUCUGAUAUAUCUGAUGAACUGUGAAUUUGACCUACCUAAUAUUAUUCAUUUAAAAAGCAAACAGAUUGUUUUAACCACGUUUUGAACUGACGGUUGUAAUGGACAUGGCAAGAGCAACUGAAAACACCUGUAUAAAUAAAGCUUUAUAGCAAGUCGUAGUAUCCACUUCACUGAAAUUCUUUGCUAUAAUAACGUAUAAAUAAAAAUGUUAAGAGUCUCGUAUUUUUAUAUUACAAUUUUAAUAUUGUGCGCAAGAUACGCCGCGCAAAGUGUUCAUGAGACAGAUCUCAACUUCCGGAUAGAGCCGGGCGCCAGAACAUGUUUCUUCGAGAAAGGCAGGGCCGGCCAGAUGAUGGAGACCUACUACCAGGUGCUAGACGGCCAGCACGGCGAGUUGGACAUCACAUUUGACAUAAUAGACCCCAGUGGGGAAAAAAUGGUCCACGAUUAUAAAAGGUCACAGAAUUCCAUCAUCAGGGAUUUGCAACUAGACGGCGAUUACGUGUUUUGUAUGGACAAUAGUUACAGCGUGAUGAACUCGAAGUUAGUGUUCGUGUAUGUGAUGAUCGAAGAUAAGCAAAACAAAGAGGUAGAAGCGGAGGUCGCAGUAGAAGAGGGGGGCGUGGAACAUAAAGAGGAGCAAGUUUUAGAGUGGGAGGGGUUCGACGAGUACGGGAAUGCGUACUAUAUCGAAGUGGAGCGGAUCGCGGAGUCCCUGAAGGUGACGCUCAAACACGUGGUGAAGGCGCGCCAUAUGCUGGACGUGUACAGCGCGGCCAAGGCGCGGGACAGCUACCUGGCCUUCGAGGAGACCUUCGUGGUGGAUGUGUGGUCAGCCUUCCAGAUCAGCGUCAUGUGCCUCGUCGGCUUCGUUCAGGUUUAUAUGAUUAAGAAAUUGUUCAACAGAAGCAGUAAUAACCAAAUGAACGACUUUUAUUAAAAUGUUGUAAAACUGUUAUUUAAAGUAAAUAUCUAUAAUAUUA